AUGGACUCGUUCAAACGCUAUGAUAAUGCUUUGAAUGAUUCAUGUGAUCUCUCGUUCAGUCCUCUAAUAGAGGAUAAAAGUGAAGUUUCUCUUACUUAUAAGAAUAUAUCUUCUAUAUCUGGAAACAAGAUCGUCAGGGAUUAUCCGGCAAAGCUCGAGAUUUCAGAUCCCAUCACGGGGGAUCUCGUCUCGAAGACGCAAUCUGAAAUAGAGAAAUGCGAAAAUUUAUGCGGAAGUGAGAAAAUAGAAACAACAAACGACGUCAAUGAAGACGAUGCCCCAACAGUUUCCUCAAAUUACGAUCAUACGUUCGAUUUAAAUCAUGAAAAUCCAUCUUAUUGCAAUUCUAGCAUGACAAGCGAGUGCAAUGUUUUUAUGGGCGACAAUCUCGAAUACAACGACACGACAAUCCAGGGAGAAGAUUCCAAGGAUGGUGAAAAGACAAUUAAAGAGGAGUUCCUGAUAGAUAAUCGAUACACAAAUUCUUUAUCAAAAGAUUUCGGCGGUAUCGAUCGAGCGGACGAAAAUAUUCGAGUUAAAUAUAGUGGAGAGAAAUUUGUCAAUUCAGGGAUUUCUUUAAAUAGUAUAAAUAUAGAAGAUAAUGAUGAUAAAGUUGUUGAUAAUUACAUUGAGGAAGAGAUUAAAAAUAAAGAAACGAGACUUGAACGGAAUAUUACCUCGUGUAUCGAAAAUCCUCCUCGAGAUAUCAAAGAAUUAGAUAUAGAGAAUAAAAUUGAAUUAAAUAUAGAGUCCAACGAUUAUUAUACAGAUAAUAACAAGAGUUAUCUCAAAGAUGCCAUCGAUCUACUGAAAUGUACAGGAGAAAAUAUGAAGCACAUGUUAAACGUUGAAGAAGACAAUAUAGAAAGAACAAUGACGGAAAUAAAAGAAAUGGAUAAGAUAAUCAAGAAUCUUUUGUAUACAAACAAUGACGAACAACACGAUUCGGUGGAAGAACGAAUGGUAAAGAGUUUAUCCGCAGAAUUGGAAAACGAUCCCGAUGAUGUGAUGCGGAAGAUAAUGGAAAACUGCUCCAAUGUUUUCCCAGAUUUUCAGCAACAUUUGUCGAUACGCGAAAAUUCGACUCUCAAUUUUGAAGAAUCAAGUAGCGAAUACAUGAUUCAGAAUUUUCAAGAAAACAAACUUUUCUCGCAUUAUCGCGAUAUUUCUGAUACUGCCAUAGAGAAAGAGGACAUAUUAAAAACCAUCAAAGAAGCGGAGAAAAUAUUAACUGAUCCAUAUCCUGACAUCAAUUUAGAAAAAUUAGCCGAAAUCACGUGUUCAGAUCGCUCUAGAUCGCAUAUCGAGAUUCAUGAAACUUUGGAGAAGAUAGCGGAUGAAAAAAGAAAGAUAGAAGAUCGAAAGAAGGACUCGUUGGAAACUCUAUCGAAAAAAUUCGAGCAGAUUGACAAAUUCAUUGCUGAUCGUUACGAUAUUUCUUAUACGUCUGACAAAGAUCCUCGUGAAUUCAAAAUUCCGGAGGAUUUCGCCAACGAUUCCGAUAGUCUCGAUGACUUUCAGGACGAUCGUGAAAAUGUCGUGGUUCCUCUAACGAAAGCCGAAAUAAUCGAGAAUUUGAAAAUCGAGGAGUUGGAAAAGGAACUCGCGAAUGAAAUGGAAGAGCACAAGAAACUAAUGGAUGAAUACCAAAAAAUCAUUGCUACGAAUUUAGAGGAGAUUCAGCAAGCGACUUUAGAAUCUGAAGCUAAGCAAAUUUAUAACGAAAAAACGGAUGAAGAAAUUGCAAAUCAAUCUAAAAAUGACGAAAAUAAAAGCGACGAAUUGAAUCAAAUGUCUGUAAUGAUGAGUGAUACAACAACAAUCAAAAUCGAUUCGGAAUCUGAUGACUCUUUCUCGGAAAAUUUGAAGGAACCAGAAAGAACAUACAUCAAAGGAAAGGUAUACGAUUUCGAUGAGAAAAAGCACGGCAUUAGAAUGACGGAGGAACUGAUCAGGAAGCAUUGCAAGGAACAGAAACUCUAUCAGACGCCCCAUUUGAACGAUGUUCUCUAUUUGCAUUACAAGGGAUUCUCCUUCAUCGAGAAUCUCGAGAAAUAUACAGGCCUCAAGUGCCUGUGGCUGGAGAGCAACGGUAUACGCGAGAUCGCCAAUUUGGAAAAUCAGAGCGAACUCAAGUGUCUGUUCCUGCACCACAACCUCAUCAGCAAGAUCGAGAAUCUCGACCAUCUGACAAAGCUCGACACCCUGAAUCUCUCGCACAACACGAUACGGAGGAUCGAGAAUCUCGACAGUCUCAAGUUCCUGAACAACCUGAACCUGUCGCAUAAUUAUCUGCGAGAAACCGCUGACAUCGAGCAUCUCCGUCUGCUGCAAGCACUCUCGAUCUUGGAUAUCUCUCACAACAAGAUCAACACCUGCGACGUCGUUGACGUAAGUCGAUAAUUACGCGCGUCGCACGCGAGAUGCAUAAACCGGAGUAUAUUUCUGAAACGGCAGGUGACGUUACACAAGCGAAUUUCCACACAUGAUGUGUAAACA